AUGUCCAGCUGGUCUGCCAUCAAUGUCGAGGAAGAAGACGAUACAUCGCCCGAGGUCGACGACACAAAGGAGAUCCAAUUAGAGGAGGCUCUGAAACUCUACCAAAAUGCCCUACGACUUCACUCUCAAGGACCAGCCUAUUACCAAGCCGCAAGAGAGGCAUACGAUGAGCUCUUUAGCUCCGAAGUGUUCAAGUACCCAGAGGCUGCCUCUGACUUCGACCAUGACUCGAUAGAUGAGGUCUCGCCUGUACUCACACUUCCUGUGAAUGCUUCCAUUGUUCCCAUUGCAGCAGGCGGUGCUUCCGAUAAUGCCAAUUCUUUGCCCCAAUUAUUGUAUUUGGCAUACAAGAGCCGUGCUCAAUUCGAGAUCGAUACCACCUAUGCCCGGCUUGAUCAAUCCUUGCCUCAUGAUCGUCCCAGUUCUUUCCAGCACUACGGACCUGCCUGCCAACGUUCGUUAGCAGAUGCAGCAGCUGCCCUGGAAAGGGACGAUACAGAUCUGGAUCUGUGGAAACGAGCCGGCAGAGUCGCCGAUGUCCUGCAGACCGCCCGUGUUGUCCGCUUCUGUCUUGAGAGUGUCCUUGCAGGCGACGAGGAGGGCGACGAUGCCAUUGAUCUGUCGGGCCUUGAUGAGGCAUAUGCCAAGGGCGAACUGCAAGCUGUUGUCGAUCUUCUUCAGGACAACUUGACUGGAUCCAGAUCUUCCAGCGUUCGUCCGAGAACUAGUUUGCUACACCUGCUGAAGGGAAGCAACGAUCCUUAUCCAUGUCUGCCACCGAAGCCACACCACCUAGAGUACGUCAACGACAGCAGGCGUCCUUUGGCCAUUCAGGCUGGUACAACAUGCCUGCCUCUUUCUUCAGUCACAUACCUGGCGGUGACUGAAGGCUUACUGCAAUUACUCGCUAGUCACACAUCCCUCACGUCGAGCUUUACAUCAGGGACCUGUAUCCAAUUACAACUUCCACAAGGGAGUUUGGCAGAGGCCACUGACACGGAAAUGGAAGAAGAGAAAGGAAGUGGCGGCCCUAUACCUGUUGUGCCAGAAUUUGACUCGCCAGCAAGCUCUCACUUAGUACUAGAUAAUGCUGACUUUGCACCACGAUCAUCACACGACAAAGCAGAUAGUGAUCGAGCGUCAGAAGCGAUUCCACCGGCACAACAAGACGGCGAAGAAGGAUCCGAUCCUUCCUUGACGUUAGCAGAGCCAGUCACGUUACCGUCGAGAAAGCGCUCAUCCACAGCUGCUGGUAUAGACGAACCCGAAGCCCGUAGUAAGAGUAAAAGGAUCAAGGCAAGAGAGUCGCUGGUUGGUACAGUUGCGCAAGAGGACGAAAUACCUCGAGACCCUUCUUCGCUGCCGCAAGAACGCUUUCCCUACAUUGAGAGUGCCGACGAGGACACGUUCAAGUUUGUUGACUCAUUGCUUGAUAGAAUUGGGACCAAUACUCUUGGAAGUGUUGAAAGCCUUGGACUAUCCGGUCACGACGAAGUUGGCAAUGCUCGUACUCUUCCACAGUCAGCUUCACAGCCACCUCUUGCACCAAUCCUGAACAUGAAGCAAGUCCUCAAGACAUGGAACGAGGAAAAGAGUAGCGCAUUCUCUUCUGGUCAUGGAGGUCGUGAUCAUGUGGAAAAAUCAACAGGUUUAAUGCUUUUUCUCAAGCACUCCAAGUCGAACGUGACUAGUGAAGCCGCUGUGCCAGUAAAAGACGACGAGAAGCAGAUACGCGCAUUUGUCGACUCCGUCAACUGCAGGACGACGCAUGUUGAGGAAGCUCUUUUCUCUUGGUUGCUAGAACUAUUGACGUCGUCAGUCGAGAGAAGAGAAACGUGUCCCUACCUCCAGAAUCUGUGGUCAGAACAGCUCAAGCAGGCUGUCGUUAAAGCCAUCGUAUUUGCUCACGAAGAACUUGUAUCUUGCUUUCAAAGGUAUGCGCCCCCUGCGUUAUCUGCGGACGCGGCCAAUUCGACUAGAUUGAUUGCCACAUUCUCUGUCGACCGGGCAGCUGAAUUUGCGCAGGCUAUGUUUGAACUGCACCUCGAUAUAUAUUCAGAGGUCACCAACCCUGCCAGCACAAUCGAUGAAAAGGUGCGUAAACAGGAAUUGUCCCGGCUGCAAGCUUGGACACAAUUGGCAAUGGACACGGUACAAAACCUGUCAGUCGACCGAUCUAGCGUCAAAAGGCACAUAGACCAAACGAUCAUACGCUUUCUGUGGUCGUCUGUGGCAUACGCAAAGCAUUCUGAAUCCACGAACAAGAGUCAUGUCUUGCUUUGCCUCGAAGAUUUGCGUGCAAUACUCAGUGAGGCGCAAGUGGAAAGCAUUCGUUUGCCUAACAAUACUGCAAUGCCAAUAAUAUCAGUGUCUUCUAUCGAGCAGGAGGUUUCGAGGCUGAAGACACUCGACUUCUUCAUGAGUGUUUUCGAUAGCGACAACGAUGACCCUUUAUCAGUUAUUCUUAAGUUAGAGCCUAUCUUGGAUUAUAGCGAGUAUGCCACGUCAACCCACUCAGACAUCGACAAGGACCAGAUCGAGAGUUUUCGCUCCUUCUUGAGUACUGGGGAUGCCUCUUUGACACUGUUUUUGUGGAAGCGGCUUCAAAACGCCUAUACUGCAAUUUCAUAUAACACGAAGGUGGUUUCUUGCCUUUUGCGGUCGCUGGAGACAAUUGUCCGUGAAUUGAGCUCAUUACGCACGCGCGACCUGGAAGAUAGAGAACACGAAGUCACAUUUCUCCGAUGGUUACGGGAUAGUGAGGAGCUUGUCACCAAAAUCAUGGGUAAGGUCUCCGACGAUAACAACCCUUUCGAAUGCAUUGAUGAGGAGCAUCUGAAGUCAUCCACGUCGGCUGUCGUGUACCUCACCUGUGUUGUGCAUGAAUUCGUCUUGGUUGAUGACAGUCUCAGGUGUGGCAUUGCGACGCCACCUACUCAUCGUAAUACAACAGCGGCCAAGAAUUUUGAGAAGGCCCGAGAUAGGUUUAGAGAGCUUUACGUCAAGUUAUGGACCUUGCUAUACUGGAUGAUUAAAGAAGCCACAUGCCAGAUGGCGGAACGUUUCGAGGAUUCUACACAAGAUCUGAUCUUGUUCCUUCGAUAUGUUCAUACCUCUUUAGGUCAACGACAAUACUGCAAAUACUGUAACAAACUCUUUGUACGUACGACAAAAGCAGAGCUGUUCACUUUCGACGUUGACCAGGAUUUGUCUUUGGAUAUAGCCCAGGUCAUCUAUGAUCUUUAUGGAAUCAGACUGUCUGCUGGCCAUGGCGACACUGAUCAUGGCUGUCCAGCAGAAAACCUUGAUCGUGACAAGCGUACAGCCCACACUCUUGUCCCGAUCAUCAUGGAUUACGUAAAGCGUCUAAACGUCAAAGACCUGCUUAGGAGUGACCUCAAAGCCACAAUCGACAGAAUACAGAGCGCCUUGGGACAAACAAAGUCUUCGACGGCGCUGACAUUCAAUCGCAAAGCAGUAUCGAGCUAUCUUAAGUCGGUCAUCAAUCCACAAGCUCUGUAUCAGUGCCUUAGAGGUAUUGGAGAGCUCGAAACGAGAGCAGUGCAUGGAGACUUUGCAAGCAUAGCUGCAACUGGAUGGUACCUCCUCUUAGGCAAUAUGACACUAGCCAAGUACAAAUCAGUGAAAAGAGUAAGCCCUAUACCAACAGAUGAGCUAGAGAAUGCGCAGCUGUUUCUCAGACAAGAUAUAGAGCACGAUGUCUCGCAUUGGGAGUCCUGGUAUCGACUUGCCCAGGUGUAUGAUGCCAAAAUUGAAGAUAGCCUGAUAUGGAACUCAAACAAGCUUAAUGACAGCAGAGCCGACCUUGCAACGCUUGAGAGAAACGCAAUUAAUGCUUAUACAAUGGCCACCGCGACGGCGAUGAGAUCAGCUGAGGACAAUGUUGUCACCACGAAGCUGAUCAACGACAUGCUCUUCGAGUUCGGAACACGAAUCUACUCUUCUUCUCGACCGCCGCUCAACAGGGAAGCUUUCAACACAGAGAAAGCAGUAAGACAUCUUAGUAGCUAUUGGGAUCAGACAAUGUCAAAGCAACCCAUGUUCAAACCUAUUUCGGAUUAUAAUGUGUGGUCAUUUGCUGCACACCUGAUUCGCAGAAGUCUUUCAGGCGAGAUCAAACCAUGGCUGAGAUAUUACAUCCUCGGAAAGUGUCUGUGGAAAAUGCUCAAUCAUCCUCUUAACCAGAAGCACAAGGAAAGGGGUCAAGGGUUUGUGGAUGCGGAGGAUGUCGUUGAUGCUUUCACCGAAGCUGUAGCUCGUGUGCCUAAAAAAGAAAGGUCCUCGGAUCCUAUUCUUGAGCCACAUUACAAGCUUGUAUCUACCAUCCACAAAAUGCAUGACAAGCAAAUGAUCACAACAGACAUUGCUUUUAACUGCUUGCAAGCGAGCCAGCCAGAUUGGAACGCCUACAUAUUGACGGUGCUCAAGAAACUACAGAACGCUGAUAAGUCAAGUUGGCAUCACCGCAUUACAGCUCGUGCGGCUCACAUCCUCUAUCACGGCGAUGAUGAUGAGGUCGCGGCUGCCUUGGGUGCAAAAUACCAGUUCCUGGAUUCUAUUUUCACGAAGAGCAUGAUGAUGCAGGUCUGGAAGCCAGAAUAUGAACGUGCGGGUAGACACUACGUAUAUACUGGUCGCUAUCUUCGUUUCUUCACUAAAAUCUUGGAGACACUACGCGACCGAAGCAAUCUUGAACAGGUAGUACGCAGAAUCAGACGCAAGACAACCGAUUUUGUUGAUCAUCCAAAGGUAUGGGAGGAUGCAGUGACAGCCUAUGUUGAACUGCUGAGGGCUAUAGGCGAUGUGCCUCGUGGACGAGAGCGUGCUUUAUUCGACACCAUCUCGUUCGAUGAUUUCACCAGGGCGUCUGACAAACUUGAAACCUGGGCGCAUGAAUCCACAACAAGCACUCAGUACCUCGACAUCAUCAAAGAUGCGAUUGAGAUGAAAAAGCUCAACAACAGUCUCAUGAAGGGUCCAGCCAUUGACGACCUUAUUGGAGAUGCCUACGCUUGCAUGUAUGAAAUUUUCGUCUCUCAGCUUCCUCCCGAAGAGAAGGAACCAGCCGUAUCCACGUCAGCCCAAGGCACGUUUGUUCAAGUUACCUCCUCGAAUGCUCCUACUGGAGAGGAUAGCCUCGACCGAAUGCGUCUGAACAACCUUUUGGUAGGACAAAUAGAUGGUACAAAUGCUUCAACUGACGAGUCUGCACCAGCGGCCUCAGGGCUGGGCAUAGUCCCGCCUGGCAGCGAAGCUGUUGAUACGCCCCCACCAGAGGUUUUACGUAUGCCAGCUGCUGCGAAGCCGGGUCGUGCAAAGACCAUUACAAGAAGAGAAGUACAACGCAGAGCCGAAGCAGCAAUAGGCAAACCUCCGCCCAUCAAGACUCCCACACUGAUGAAGCGUUCGAUAUCGAUCAAUGUGCCGAGCAUCAAGAUGGAAGAUACGACAGAAAGAGACGACGACGCUGAAGGCAGUGCUAAAGAUUUAGCACAUGAUGCAAGCAGAGCUGGCUCGAAACAGCCUAGUAUCAGUCCUCGAAACAGCCCAGCCCAGGGAGUCCGUCGUACAGAGAAUGAAGGCAGUGACGGAGACAACGAAGAUGAGGAAGACGAAAACGAAGACACCGAAACUGCGUCUGGGGAUGAGCAGCCUGCCUCGCCUAGGAAGCCAUUGUUCCCUGGUCUUAUGCCGUCCGAGACUAGAGACGAGGAUGAGCAGGUCGAGAGUGACGAAGAGGAGGAAGACGAUGCAGAUGGGGACAGAAUGGCUGAUGUCGAAGCUAAACAAAAUACCCCUCUCGACGAUGAUGUCGAGAUUCCAGAUUCGCAGGACCCACCAGUAUUGGAAAGAGAAGGUAAAGAUACGAACGGGAUGAGAAUAGAUUAG